AGAUAGAGAGGGAGAGAGAGAGAGAGAGAGAGAGAGAUAGGUGGGGUUGAAGAGGGGAAGAGUGACUGGAGAUGGAAUAGAUGUGUGAGAGGGAGUGGUGAGAUCAUGCUGCCAUUUAUUUAAAGGAAGUACACCAGAUGAGGAAGAAGAAGCCUGAAGGAAAGGAAUGGAUCUUUCUGGAAUCAAAGUGAUAGGAAGCUGGGGGAGGCAUGGCUGAGUGCCGUACCAUGAGAGCAGAGAGACCUGGAGAAAGGGACGCGAUGGCGUACACGCAGGGCCUGCUGCCCGCGCUGUCCGACUGCCUCUGGUGCCGCUGGGCCUGUCACUCCUGCCUGCUGAGGUGCUGGGAGCGGGCCUGCUACUCCUCCAGCGACGAGGAGGUGGAGAUACUGGGGCCCUUCCCCGCCCUGACCCCUGCCUGGCUAACGAAUCCGUGCAACAUGGACUUUACACUUGAAAAUACAAUGGACAGCCUGGUCCCGAAGCACAACAACCCCACCCUGACCGACUCCCUCUCCGAGAUGUCCAUCUCUACCUUCAGCUCCACCCAACAGCUCUCUGAGAACCAGAAGCCAAGCGCUCUGAUGGUGAGUGUCAAACCCAUGGAGCUCUGGGCCGCAGGACCUCGGAAGGAGGCGGUCCAGCCCCCACGCAGGUCCCAGAGCCCUCCGAGCCAGUACUGCGACAAACUGGAGCCCUGCCUCUACUCUGACAAGGCCAGCUGUGACGACGUGGACUUGUUGACAGACGAUGAGAUCCUCCUACGGUACCAGCUGGGCAUGCUCCAUUUCAGCACCCAAUACGACCUCAUCAACAGGCACGUGGGUGUGCGGGUCAUCGAGGCCCGCGACCUUACCCCUCCCCUGAGUUCUGAUGGCACCCGACAGGAUGCUGUCCACUCCAACCCCUACGUCAAGCUGAGCCUGUUGCCCGACCACAAAAACUCUCGCCAGACGGGGGUGAAGAGGAAGACCCAGAAUCCAGUGUUUGAGGAGCGUUUCACCUUCGACAUGCCCUUCCUGGAAGCCCAGAGGAGGACGCUGCUGCUGUCAGUGGUGGAUUUUGACAAGUUCUCCCGACACUGUGUCAUUGGGAAGGUGGCGCUGCCUCUGAGUGACGUGGACCUGGUCAAGGGGGGGCAUUGGUGGAGGGCCCUGGUCCCCAGCUCACAGAAUGAGGUGGAGCUAGGGGAGCUGCUGCUGUCCCUGACCUACCUGCCGAGCGCAGGAAGGCUCAACGUGGAUGUCGUCAAGGCCAAGCAGCUGCUGCAGACGGACAUGUGCCAGCACUCAGAUCCCUUUGUGAAGGUGCAGUUGGUCGCAGGGUUGAAGUUGGUGAAGACCAAGAAGACUUGCUGCAUGCGAGGGACCAUUGACCCGUUCUACAACGAGUCCUUCAGCUUCCACGUCUCACGAGAGGACCUGAGGGAAGCCAGCCUCGUCUUCACUGUGUACGGCCACAACAUGAAGAGCAGCAAUGACUUCGUGGGCCGCAUCGUGAUCGGCCAGUUCUCCACCGGCCCCCCCGAGACCUCCCACUGGCGCCGCCUGCUGACCUCCCAGCGGACCCCCGUGGAGCAGUGGCACAGCCUGCGCUCCCGGGCCGAGUGCGACCGCGUCUCCCCCGCCUCCCUGGAGGUCCACUGA